GCGAAUCACUCCAUCGGCGCAGUCAGUGCUGUAAAACUUAAAACUAAAAGAAGUCAUUAUGGUUUUUUGGUCACAAUCCGAACGGAGUGCCAUUGCAGAUCUCUGGGACAAAAUCGAUGUCGAUGAGAUCGGGCCUCAGGCCCUGGCAAGAGUACUGAUUGUCUACCCCUGGACUCAGCGCUAUUUCGACAAAUUUGGAAAUUUGAACAGUGUUGCUGCCAUUCUGGGGAACCCUAAGGUCGCUGCCCAUGGCAAAGUUGUGCUGAACGCUUUGCACAACGCAGUGCAGAACCUGGACAACAUCAAGGCGACCUACUCAAAACUGAGCCAGCUCCACUGUGAGAUUCUCAAUGUAGACCCCGAUAAUUUCAGGCUUUUAGCCGAUUGUCUCACCAUUGUGAUCGCGACCAAAUUCGGAGCCGCUUUCACCCCUGAAAUUCAGGCUACAUGGCAGAAGUUUCUGGCAGUCGUCGUCGCCGCUCUGAGCAGCCGCUACUUCUAAACUUUCCAUCAAGAAUGCAUUGUUUUGUAUUUGUUGUCAUAAGUGCAAAAGUUUAAAUGAGCCAAUUUUACAAUUCUGAAUUAAGUAACCCUAUUCCACAAAGCCUACGAUGAAUACCUAAUAUAAUGUAGGUUUUAUUAUUGGAUGUUUCCCUGCUUUAUUUAUGUGAUUAAAAGAGGAAGAGCUUGAAAAAA